GGAAUCACAAAAAAUACAACAAAAGCGCAACAUUUAGCUGCAUUGCGUACAGAAAACUAACGAACGCGGCAAAGUUCCCAAAUCAAAAUGUUGUGCAUAAGGUGGCAGAGCGCCUAAACCAGAGCAGCCCCUACGGGAGAGUGCAUUUUCCACUGAGACGCAAUUAUGCAAGUUGCAGCAGCCGUAACAACAGCGCCAGCAGAUCUAACUGUACUCGCGUUGGUGGUAGUGGUGGUGGUGGUGGUGGAGGUGGUGUUGUUGCUGGUGGCGGAGGUGCAACAGUUGCUGGACAAUUCGCACGGCGCCCCAUCGGCAAACAAGAGCUAGGAAAGGAGCGCAAACGAAGGAAGGAACAACAAUCGGAACGCAAUUGAACGAUAUGACUCAAAGACAUUCCGAACCAUUUUACAUAUCGCCCAGGCUAUUCGACAACAGACGCCUCAAACGACGCCGCUGCAAAUGGAUGGAGCGCCUGCGUGAGCACCAACAGACUUGCAAGGCCGAGAUGCGCGCCCAGCAGGCGUUCGCCUCUAAGACUGAACGUGGCAGACGGCGUUGCCCAGCAACGCUGCAAAGGCAUCAUCUUCUGGCCGCUGCCACACUGCCUGCAGAUGUCACUAUCGAUUUGCUGUCAGACGACGACGACGACACCAACGACGUUAACGCGAUUGUGGAGCCGAGGCCAAAGCCAGUACCGGCAGGUGCGUCAUCAACGUGCAACAGCCUGUUCAUGCAUCAGCCGAACUUGCUGCUUAUGCCGGCAACCACACUCAGCAUCCACCAACACGACGGAGGCGGCGGCGGCAGCAGGGGAUACACACAGCGAAGGGUCCCAAAACACGGCAUGUCCCAGGGCAACGCUGUGACAACUACAUGUGUGUUGGGGCGGGGGACAUCCACAUCCACACACUCACAAUCUCUGACUGAGAGCAUACUGAUAACCAGUGAUGACGAGAACAACGACAAUGCCAUCGCCAAGUAUGUGCGCAGGCAGCACUCGAUGCGCUCGCCCCCACCGCUGGCACCCCUAACACUCUCGGAGACCGUCGAAGAGGUUACUGUGUCUCUGGUGCCGCGAAAUACCACCACUGCCAACUGCCAGGCACGCCUGCGACACUCCCACCCGCCUCACUCCGGUAACUACAAAGCCUGCAACAUACCGUCAGCACCGCCACACACAGCAACCACCAAUGGCAUGGGCAGAGCCGCCAGCAGCAACAGCGGUCACGGCAACGGCAACGAUGGAUAUCUGGAGGUAGAUGUCGGGAGCGGCAUUACGGCCACACUGCCGGACGAAACCACCGUGCACACGGUCAUUGCGAAUCGCAUCUACGAGCUCUCCUUGAGCAAGCUGCGUGAGGGUCUCGCGUCCAGCGGAGUACCUGAGUACACGCACGAUUUGCUGCCCGAGCAGCUGCAGAAGCUGUCGCCAGCCCUGCGUGCCAAAGUGGCGCCUCUGGUGGCGCCAUCGCCCCCCACGCCCAUAUCCCUCAAGCUGUCCAGCGACCUCAGCAUAUCACUGAUCUCAGACGACGACGAUUGCGAGAGCAGCAGCAUCAACAACACAGCCGGAGGGCUCGGAUCCGAUCUGGUCUACCCAGUGGUGGCUGCGGAAGCACACGCCGCCGCCAAGCUGCUCAAGCAGCAGCAGCCCCAACUGUCGGUGGUGCAGCAUCUGCAGUAUGCAGGCGGUGGUUUUGCACCACCCGUGGCCCUGGCACUGCCCGUGAUGGCUCACACAGCGACCACAUCCACGGUUCCAUUACCGCGUCGCCGUAAACUGGGCUGAAGAACGGGCCAGACGGAGCCCCAAAAGCCAAGCCAUAAUAUCAUUCCCCAAUAGCCGGACUCGCGUCACGAUGUAGUCGCGGGCUCAGACUUUUCCUAGCAUUAGCUAGUAGUGCAAAUAUAAAAGUAGAUUUAGUAAUUCGCGCCCUCAUGAUUUUCCCAGUGUACCCCCGAACCACGAACCCCACCCGUCUCAUGAUUUUGUUUCUCUCUUUCUCCCUCUCUCUCACUCUCUCUAUACCACUCUUUCUAUCUCUGUCUUUCUCAUAAAUUUAAGUUUAAGCUUUAACGGAAUGAGAGACGAUAAAAAAACAAACGUACAAAGUAGAAGAAAGAAAAGGAAGAUUAGAGCCCAGAGAUUUUUGGAAAAAAAAACGUAAGGAAUAUUUGUAAAAAUUUAUAGGAGAGAAAAUAGUAAAUUUGCAGGCAUACAGAAAAAAAUGGAAAAGAGAACCCAAUAUUCAUAUAUACAAAAAACCACACACACACAAUUAGAUUUAAUGCUAUGCAAGUAUUUCGAUUAAGCCAAGUGUAGUUUGUGUGCAUCACAUCAUUAGCAGAUGAUCCACACACAUGCACACACACAACACACCCGAAUAAAUAUUGUAGGUGUCGAAGAUUGAGAAACCUGUAUUAUAUUUAACCGAUCCCCGCCCCUAGAUCGGAAUAAACUAUACUGUACAUACAUUUCUGUA